AUUUAGGAUUUCUGCUUUGUCCAAAGGUGGGUUUAAGUUUGUAGUUUGCUUCUAGGAAAGAUGGAGAAGGGAGGCUGUGAUUCUUGACCUGGAAGAAGGCCUAAGGGCCAAAACGACAUCUCCUUAAACAAACCUACUUUGUUAGAUUUAGGAAGAGAUUGUUGUUUGGGUUAAAAUAGACCCUUUUCUGGUAGAAAACCCUGAAGGCAAACUUCUCCCCUGUGCGGCGAAACAUCAUCUGAAUGAAAGAGAAACACAUAUGGAGCCAGUGUGGGACACUUUUUUUCCCCCACUUUCAAGAAAAAUGUCUCAAAGCAUUUGUAAUCUCUCCCCUCCACCUCCUCUUCCUCCUGUUCUCAUCUCAUCCAUCGCAGCCCAUGACAGCAGAUCAGCCAACAUGGCAUUCUCAUCUCGCUUUUCCUUCUGGGAGCAAAAGAUCAAAGAAGAUAAACCGGGAAGCGCAAGUUCAGACAGUGAAGGUCUGCCCAGCCGUGCCAUGUCAGUGCCAGCUCUAGACCCUGGCAGGGGGUUAUUCCGGUCAACAAGUCCCUCAUCAGUUUCCCCUACGAAGUCUGUAGGCCGGGUCAGGAGUCCUUCGCCACCUAAAGCCAGGGCACCUGUUAAAGUGCCAGAACGCUUCAAAAGCCCUGAGCCACCGCCAAAGAGCCCUAAACAUCCACAAGCUCCUCUGAGUCCAGAGCCAGUUAUGAACAGUGAGCGAGAGCAAAAUGGUAUAAUGGGCAGGAGUGUGGUCAAUGUUACAGCCAAUGGUAAUACCAAACUUACAGGCACCAGCACCAACCAGAUGGAUACUACAGAGGACAAGGGUCUGACUCGUAAGAAAGUAGUAAAGGUGGUUCGUCGUGUUGUCAGGAAAGUCCUGCCCUCAGAAGAGGACGAGACCAUUGUGCCAACACAACCAUCAGACAGAGCUCCACAAGCAGCCAAGCCUGCUGCCGAACCAGUUAAAGCAGUGCCAGCACCAGCUUCAGUGUCUAAGGCCCCCAUGAUGUCAGGGUUCUCUUUUAAACACGACGUCAUCAAAACGGAAGACAAAGACGACAUUUCGCGAGGAUUGACAAACCUCAUGGUCAGAGGCAGGACAAGGGAGCCCCGCCCGCGAGUACUUAAAGAUGAACGACCAGAAAAAAUCGAGUUGGAGAAGAAAAAUGAGAAGAAAGAGGUAAAAGUUGUUGAGCCUGAGGAGAAGAAAGAAGAUAAAACUACCAUAAAGCCACACGAGGUAGAACACAAACUGACAAGCUCAGGUCCAGCUAUACGGGAUGUCAAAUCUCCUGUGGUUGCUGUAAACCCGACCAGCGCGGCUUCUGAGCGCUCCGCUCCAACACCUUCCAAAUCGACUCAUUCCAGACCCUCAUCUCUCCCGCCAGUUGUUGGCUUCAUCCCAGCUCCUAAGCCCACACCAUUGUCUCCACCUCCUGGCUUCAUACCUGCACCCAAACCAACUGCUGUCAAAAAACCCACUCCUACAAAUCCUCCUGCUAUCACCCCAGCGGCCCAAAAGUCUUCCCCCCUCUCUCCUCCACCACGUUUCAUCCCAGCUCCUAAACCCUCUCCAAUCGCAACUCCUGUGAGCCCUGCUCCUCCCCGUCCCAAUCCUAGUCCACUGUCUCCCCCUCAAGUGGUCAUUCCCAUUCAACAAACUGGUGUCAAUCAACAAAAGGAGGAACCGCUCAGUCCCACCGAGGAGGCUCAGAGACGCCUGAUGAGGAUCUUCAGUGCCCCUCUGGAGCUGGCAGUCAGUGUUCCGCCCUCUGUCCAAGCCCCCGCCCCCGCCCCUGCGGCCCCGCAGCCCCAGGGCCCUCUCCAGGGCCCCCUCCAGGUACCGCAACCCUCCAGCCCUCCUCUGGGCCUCCUGGCUGGAGUUUGUACUCGUGUGACUUGUUGGAGUGGAUCAGUGGAAGAGGACCCUGUGGCCCUCCUUCAGGCAUCUCAUGCUGCAGCUCAGCAAUCCCAGGUGAAGACAGAGGAGCAGAUCGUAGCGGAGCAGGCCUGGUAUGGAUCAGAGAAAGUCUGGCUCGUCCACAAAGAUGGCUUCUCCCUGGCCACCGUAGUGAAGACAGAGGAAGGCUCCCUGCCAGAGGGCAAGGUGAAAAUCAAACUGGAGGAUGAUGGGACAAUACUGGAAGUGGACGAAGACGACAUAGAAAAGGCCAACCCUCCAUCAUACAGCCGAUCAGAGGACCUGGCUUCACUGCUCUAUCUGAAUGAAUCCAGUGUGAUGAACUGCCUGAGGCAGCGCUAUGGAGGCAACCUCAUCCACACCUACGCUGGAACCAAUAUGGUGGUCAUCAACCCCCUUAGUACACCCUCCAUGUACUCUGAGAAGGUGAUGCACAUGUUCAAAGGCUGUCGGCGUGACGACUCUGCCCCUCACAUCUACUCUGUGGCCCAGUCUGCCUACCGCAACCUGCUCACCACCCGGCAGGAUCAGUCCAUCGUUCUGCUGGGCAAGUCAGGCAGCGGCAAGACCACCAACUGCCAGCACCUGGUCCAGUACCUGGUCUCCAUCGCCGGCAGCACGGGCAAAAUCUUCUCUGCUGAGAAGUGGCAGGCGGUCUACACCAUCCUCGAGGCUUUUGGCAACAGCUCCACCUCUAUGAACACCAACGCCAGCCGCUUCUCUCACGUAGUGUCCCUUGACUUUGACCAGGCUGGGCAGGUGGCCUCUGCCUCCAUCCAGACGAUGCUGCUGGAGAAACUGAGGGUGAGCAAACGACCCGAGGCUGAGUCCACCUUCAACGUCUUCUACUACAUGAUGGCCGGAGCUGACAGCAGCCUCAGAACCGAGCUGCACUUUAACCACCUGGCUGAGAACAGUGCCUUUGGGAUCCUACCACAGUCUAAGCCUGAAGACAAGCAGCGAGCCUCGCAGCAGUUCACCAAGCUGCAGGCAGCCAUGAAGGUGCUGGGCAUCUCUGGCGAAGAGCAGAAGGCCCUCUGGCUCAUCCUGGGGGCCGUUUACCACCUGGGGGCCGCAGGAGCCACUAAAGACGGAGAUGAAGCGGGUCGUAGGCAGUUUGCUCGUCAUGAAUGGGCUCAGAAGGCGGCCUACCUUCUGGGCUGUACCUUGGAGGAGCUGUCCUCUUCCAUCUUUAAACACAAGGCUAAAGGACUGCAGCACUCCACCUCGUUCAGAGGAGGACCGGACGAGGCCGGCCAAGGUGACAGCGCAGGCUCUAAGGUCACAGCUCUGGAGUGUUUGGAGGCCAUGGCAUCCGGACUUUACUCGGAGCUCUUCACUCUUGUCAUCUCCCUAAUUAACAGGGCUCUGAAGUCUAGUCAGCACUCUCUCUGCUCCCUGCUGAUCGUGGACACUCCGGGUUUCCAGAACCCUCGGCUGGCUCAGCAGCAGCGGGGAGCCACGUUUGAGGAGCUCUGCCACAACUACACCCAGGAGAGGCUGCAGACCCUGUUCCAUGAACGCACCUUCGUCCGGGAGCUGGAGAGAUACAAGGAGGAAAACAUAGAGCUUGCUUUAGAUGACAUAGAGUCCAGUACCUCACUGUCUGUAGCAGCUAUUGACCAAGCCUCAUCCCAAGCUCUGGUGCGAUCUCUGGCCAGGACGGAUGAGGCUCGAGGCCUCUUGUGGCUGAUGGAGGAGGAGGCCAUUCAGCCCGGAGGUUCAGAGGAAACCAUGCUGGAGAGACUCUUCAGCUACUACGGCUCUGCGCAGGGAGAAAACAAAGGAGCCAGUCUGCUGCUGCGAGGAGAGAAACCCCACCUCUUCCUGUUGGGCCACAGCCACGGGACCGACUGGGUGGAGUACAACGCCCAGGGCUGGCUGAGCCAUGCCAAGCACAACCCUGCUGCUCAGAACGCUGCCACACUGCUGCAGGACUCCCAGAAGAAGAACAUCAGUGGGCUGUUUAUGGGCCGGGCCAGCGGGGCCACGGUGUUGUCGGGCUCCAUCGCUGGUCUGGAGGGAAGCUCCCAGCUCGCCCUGCGACGAGCCACCAGCAUGAGGAAGACCUUCACCACCGGCGUGGCUGCCGUCAAGAAGAAGAGCCUGUGUAUCCAGGUCAAACUCCAAGUGGAUGCUCUGAUUGACAUGGUGCGUCGCUCCAGGGUUCACUUCGUCCACUGCCUGCUGCCCAAAGCAGAGGCAGUGGGUGGUGGAGGUGAGCCCCGUGUGACGCAUGGAGAGAGCCCCGAGUCUGGCCUUAUGACUUUGGACGUGGGCCUCCUGAGAGCUCAGCUGCGAGGAUCCAAGCUGCUGGAUGCGCUUCGCAUUUACAGGCAAGGAUACCCAGACCACAUGGUGUUUUCUGAGUUCCGCAGGCGCUUUGAUGUCCUGGCACCACAUCUGACCAAGAAGCAUGGCCGACACUACAUUGUCACAGAUGAGAAGAGGGCAGUGGAGGAGUUGCUGGAGUCCUUGGAGCUGGAGAAGAGCAGCUACCACAUGGGGCUGAGCAGAGUGUUCUUCAGAGCGGGGACUCUGUCCCGGCUGGAGGAGCAACGAGACGUUCAGACCAGGAGGAACAUCUCUCUGUUCCAGGCUGCCUGCAGGGGAUACCUGUCCAGACAGGCCUUCAAGAAGAGGAAGAUCCAGGAUCUGGCCAUCCGCUGCAUCCAGAAGAACAUAAAGAAGAAUAAGGGUGUCAAAGGCUGGCCAUGGUGGAAGCUCUUCACCACCGUCAGACCUCUGAUAGAGGUGCAGCUCACUGAGGAACAGAUCCGCGGCAAGGAUGAAGAGAUCCAGCAGCUGAAGCAGAAGCUGGAGAAGGUGGAGAAGGAGAGGAACGAGCUGAGACUCAACAGCGACCGCCUUGAGAGCCGGAUCACAGAGCUGUCAUCAGAGCUGGCUGAUGAGCGGAACACCGGGGAGUCGGCCUCCCAGAUGCUUGAGAGUGAAACUUCUGAGAGACUCCGCCUGGAGAGGGACAUGAAGGACCUGCAGGGCAAGUUUGACACCAUGAAGAAGCAGACUGACUCCAUGGAGAUGGAGGUGAUGGAGGCUCGACUCAUCAGGGCGUCUGAACUCAAUGGAGAGAUGGAUGAUGACGACACAGGAGGAGAGUGGAGGCUGAAGUAUGAACGAGCCAUCAGGGAGAUUGAAUUCACCAAGAAGAGACUGCAGCAGGAGUCCGAGGACAAGCUGGAGGUGGAGCAGCAGACCAAACGGCAGCUGGAGAGGAGGAUCAGCGACCUGCAGGCCGAUAAUGAGGAGUCCCAGCGAAACAUCCAGCAGCUGAAAAAGAAAUCCCAACGACUGACAGCUGAACUGCAGGACACCAAGCUUCACCUGGAGGGCCAACAGAGCCGCAACCACGACCUGGAGAAGAAGCAGAGGAAGUUUGACAGUGAGCUGAGUGGAGCCCAGGAGGAGGUGCAGAGGGAGAGGAGCCUGAGGGAGAAACUGGCCCGAGAGAAAGACAUGCUGGCCGGAGACGCCUUCAGCCUCAAACAGCAGCUGGAGGACAAGGACCUGGAGGUGUGUGCGCUCAACCUGAAGCUGGAACAGCUGGAUGCCGAGCUGCAGGACCUCAACUCCCAGGAAACCAAGGAUGAGGCCUCUCUGGCCAAGGUGAGGAAGCAGCUUCGCGACAUGGAGGCCAAGCUGAAGGACCAGGAGGAGGAGCUGGACGAGCAGGCUGGCAACAUCCAGAUGUUGGAGCAGGCCAAGCUCCGUCUGGAGAUGGAGAUGGAGCGCUUGCGUCAAACUCAUUCCAAGGAGAUCGAGAGCAAAGACGACGAGGUGGAGGAGAUCAGACAGUCCUGCAGCAAGAAGCUGAAGCAAAUGGAAGUCCAGCUUGAAGAAGAGUACGAUGAGAAGCAGAAGGUGCUGAAAGAGAAGAGAGAGCUGGAGUCAAAGCUUAUGUCAGCACACGACCAGGUGAGAACUGGUGACGUGGAGGUUGAAAAGCGUUUGAGGAAGGACCUGAAGAGAACCAAGGCUCUGCUGGCUGAUGCCCAGAUCAUGUUGGACCACAUCAAAAACAACGCACCCAGCAAGAGGGAGAUCGCUCAGCUCAAAAACCAGCUGGAGGAGUCUGAGUUCACCUCUGCAGCUGCAGUUAAAGCUCGUAAGUCCAUGGAGGUGGAGAUUGAAGAUCUGCACGUUCAGAUGGAGGACAUCUCCAAAACAAAACAGUCGCUGGAGGAGCAGCUGAGUCGUCUGCAGAGAGAGAAGAAUGACCUGCAGUCCAGGAACGAGGAGGACCAGGAGGACCUCAACGAGCUGAUGAAGAAACACAAGGCCGCUGUGGCCCAGUCGGCCCAGAACCUGGCUCAGAUCAGUGACCUACAAGCCCAGCUGGAGGACGCCCUCAAGGAGAAGCAGGAGGUUCAGGAGAAGUUGCAAGCCCUCCAGAGCCAGCUGGAGUUCCAGGAGCAGUCCAUGGUGGAGAAAUCCCUCGUCAGCCGGCAAGAGGCCAAGAUCCGCGAGCUGGAGACCAAGCUGGAGUUUGAGAAGACCCAGGUCAAACGCCUGGAGACCCUUGUAACUCGUCUUAAGGAGAACUUAGAGAAGCUGACGGAGGAACGAGACCAGCGCAGCAGCAGCGAGAUUCGAGAGAAGGAACAGAACAAACGUCUGCAGAGACAGAUCCGCGACGUCAAAGAGGAGACGGGUGAGCUGGCCAAAAAGGAAUCAGAGGCCAGCCGCAAAAAACACGAGCUGGAAAUGGACAUUGAGAGCUUAGAGGCUGCUAAUCAGAGCCUGCAGGCAGACCUCAAGCUGGCCUUCAAAAGGAUCGGUGACCUCCAGGCAGCCAUCGAGGACGAGAUGGAGAGUGACGACAAUGAAGACCUUAUCAACAGUUUGCAAGAUAUGGUGACAAAGUAUCAGAAAAGACAGAACAGAGCUCAGGGGGAUUCAGACACAGACUCUGAGGUGGAGGAUCGUGUGGAUGGGGUGAAGUCCUGGUUGUCUAAAAGCAAAGGUUCCGCCAAGAACCUUUCAGACGACGGCAGCCUCAAGAGCUCCAGCCCCACCGGCCGAAGAUACUACGGCUUCGAUAGAUCUGAUGAAGAGGAGGAGGAAGAAGAAAAAGAAGAAGGUGGGGCGACUAACUACUCUCGAUACAGAUAUGGCAGCCAAGUGAAAGACGACGACGGCGAGGACAGGCUUCACGAGUCCACCUCGUAGUCUUCGCUAGCAGCACCCCAUCCUCAUUACACUGUGACAGUUUGUCUUGCAUGCAAAGUUGACCACAGUUGUGUUCAGUCGGACACAACCACACAGUUCAUUUACUCGCAAUCCUGCAGGAUGAACACGUACCCAACACUCAGUCAGAGCUUUCUACGGCUGAUCCUCACAGGAUUUGGUCAUAGUUUGACAAACUACAUGGUGUUUUGGACUCAACACUCAUCGGUCUAACCUCACUGCACACACAGCAGCUCUGUUAUAAACGACUUGACUUUGCUGGUUGCAUGCAAGCAGCAGUUGCUUGGCUUUAGCAGCCACCCUGUAUGGUUGUAACUGAGCCAAAGAACUUUGCAAUGUGUUGCAAUGAUAAUAACCUUUCUGUCUUCUAUCUCUUUGCCUUUGUCACUCUUCCUCUUCUUUACAUAUAAUACACCACAAUAAUAUGUAUUGCCAUAGUACAAUGUAUUGCCAAAAAGCCUUUGUUCAAGUAUGCGUGCACACUGUUUUUACUUAUUGUCAAUUGAUGCGCAGUCCUGAGAAAAGUCGCAGCCUUCUUGUUCUUCUUUCCGUUUCGGGACAAGUGCCAUUUGAUUUAAGUGGGCUCAUCUACAGCUGGCUUCUCUGCAGCUGUGGCAUUUCAUGAACUGCUGCGCCGUACACGGAGGACGCUCCCAUCAUCAUCAUCAUCAUCAUCAUCAUCAUCUGUUUCACUUUUUGUUUGCCUGAAAAGUUUUUCUGCCUUUUUUUGCUGGCAAAUGCGCUCUUCCUUACAGGGGAGGAUUACUGCAUCACUAACUGCUCCGCCAUAAAAGCAAAGCAUUUUUUCUCCAUUUGGAUCUUUUGUUUUUGGUGUUUUAUAGAUUUGUUUUUGCAGAGGACCGCCGUCAAGCGAAUUCAUUUCCUUGAGGCUUACCUCUGCAAAAAGGCCUCUUCUCAUUUUUAAUCUGACUUGCUUUGACUAAGUUCAAACCAGAAUUAUUUAGUGAUGAAGAGACUUUGGCUAUGUCCUUGUGCUUGUCGUUCACAUGUUGUCUGUAUUUUGUUUUAAGUUUGAUGUGCUUUCCUUUUCCAGAGGGAAUGUACUUGACUUUGGGCACCAGUCAUUUGUAUGGUAUCCUCAACCAGCAUGUUCAAGGGAAAAACAAUGGUGUUAUUCUAUAUUCUUCUUAUUGUCAACAAAUUACAUGGAAGGACCAAAAACCAACAGUGUGUUUUCUUAAACCUUGGGAAUAGUAUGUGUAACACAAUAUUCUAAGCUCAAACGGUCCACUUAACAAGUUUUUUUUUGGAGCUUUCAACCACGUCUCUCAGUCUUCUUCAGCAAAUGGAGCUGGCACAGGUAUCGUCAGAACUCUUAUCCCAAAGCCAAUUAGUUCCUACUGAAGGCGUAAAUCUUUAAAUAUGGCAGUUAUGAACAGUUUCAGUAAUUUCCUAAAUUGCUAGCCACUGUAGUUUUUAACCAACCGGCGGGAACAUGCUAGUGCUAGUGAUUAAUAAUAGCUCAACUAGCUUGUUCACUAACUAGACAAUAAGUUUAUUAUUUUCCAAGAAACAUAUUUGUAUCAUCAAUUUUUGCUUCAGAACUGUGUGAAAACCAUUGUACUUACUCUAGUAAAGAAGGGCCGUAUAAAAGUGGAUGAUGCAACAUCACUAAUAGGCUUUUUCACUUUUGCCAAAAAUCGCAUUUGAAUAGAUUUCAACCAACACGUAGGCUAAUUUGUUCCAAUUCAUCUUAAUACAACACACAGCCUGUCCUAAAAUAUGUGGUAGAAUAAAUGUUGGGGAGGCCUCUGCUGCCUCACUGAUGUGACAAGCUAACAUUACUAUGACAUUACAUUACUAAGAUAGUCUACACAUUACUUCCCAGAUGGUUUUGAGUCGUGAUUAUUCGUUAAAGGUGCAAUGUGUAAUACUGCGCCACCUGCUCCAAACAAACAGGGGUCAGCAUUUCACAUCUACUACUGGGUCCAUACAAUCUAAAUCUACAGUCUUACUGCUGAAACUCUGAGAGGCGGUCAAAAUAACACUGCUAUCUUAUAAUCUUCACGUGUGACAUCGGCUUGUGUGUUUGUGCCAAUAACCAGAAAACCAGAAACGAGAAAACGACUCGUAUUUUCAUCUGGUUCUCGCCACAAAUAGGAAACUACUUCACCAGGAAAGGUGGGCUGCGGCUCCGGGUGAUGGGCAUUCAGUUGGCGGCGGUAGCAACUGGCAUUCAGCCAACACAAACCCCAGCGCCAGGGGUCAGAGCGGGCUGGGUCUAACCUGUGUAACGGCAGCAACAGAAAGUUAGCUGAUUUGGCGGGGAGUUGGUGCAAUCUCCCCGGGAUCAAACCCCCGGCCGCUGGGGUUUGCACUUGCUGAAUUCGACUUAAUCCAAUAAACAAACUAUGAAAACGCACACAGACCAUGGAUGUGUUACUGACAAACCCUCGGUGCAGCUCUACUUCUUCAUCCUCUGGACUGAGGGCAGACUGGACGUUACAGUGACUCACUAGCGCCUCUUGAGGAACAACUCGUAUUACAAGAAAGAGCAGGCGGGACCUUGCUGGUUGGUUGCUCUGCAGCAAAAUAUAUCAAGACACAUUUGGUGUAACAUCAAAACUUUUACUUCUUCACAUUCUUUUGACAAUAUGAGUUACUUUUUUAAUGCUUUAAACAAAACUUCUGGCCAGAUCUUACACAUUGCACCUUUAAGCACGGUUAGGUAGUUUUCUCCAUUUUUGUGCUAGCGAGAAGAACAUUAGCGUAGUGUACAGACAGGGCAACAGGGCAUGCAUUAGGCCAGAGGGACAGUGCCUGCCGUGCUUAUACACUGUGAAUGUGUCAUUUAAACAGAUCAUAUUAUAUUUUCCUCAUGUCCCACAAAUUUUGAAAGAAAAGUGACUGACCUAUCGGCCAAUAGGUUAUGUUAACUUCUCGGCGUUGUCAGCAGGAUUUUGCUCUCGGCCAAUUGUGCAAAUUUGAGUGUCAAAAUUCCCCAGAGUUGAAUGUGAAUCCUGCAAGCAGAUCUGCAGUGAUUCUGUUGACAUGAAUGACCACUGAUUUAUGUCUUUUCAUGGGUAAUGAUGAUAAUAUAAGAAAAAUGUAGAAUAUCACCAGCUCAUUGUGUACUUAAACUGUAACUUCAUUAACUGGACACACUACAGCCUGUAUAACCAAUACUGUGAAAUCAUGUUCACUGUCUUUGAGGCCUGUCUAUUUGUCUGGUUUUCAUGUUUUUAACCCAAUGAUGCCUCGAAAUACAGCAAGAAAAAAAAUAGGAACCUGCAUUUUCAUGGUUGCUUAAGUUUUACAUCACACCCUUUGGUCGUCUGUCUGGUAUUUAGUGAGUGGCAUUAAGAUGAUUUUGAAAGCCAUUGAAAGUCCAGAAGAGCUUGACGUGGCAUUUGGGGCUAAAAAAACAAAUUGUGGAUGUUGUUCAUUGUGGGAGAAGUUGGGUGUUAUUCUACUAUACAUGCUUUUUGUAGACUUGUGUCUUCAUUUUUAUUCUCUAUGCAGUCAACACAAGUGUGGAAAUGUGUUUUUUGACCUUCUUGACCCUGAUAACAGAGUCUUGCUUCAACAACAAAACAAAAGAGCAGGCGUAAUAUUGCUGACUGCACACCGUAUUUAUAUAUAAAUAUGUGUAUGAUUGAUGCUAGCUUUGAAAAUAGUUCAUGUUUAUUUUCAUUAUUGAACAAAUUGACCACUUGUUAUAAAUUUUGCAUUACACUUUAAUAUAUUGUAAAUAAAUGAUGGUGAUUGUUUUAGGAUGCA